GCACACGCAGUUGCUUGUAUACGCGCUGCGCCACUUUUUACGCCGCCCCCACCUCCCUUGGCCCUAGUUAAAUCCGGCGAAGCCCCGGGGAAGCAAGCGGUGGGCUGGGACACCGCGAGGCGCAUGCGCUCCGCCCAUGGGACAAGGGGAGGCGGGCGAGGGGCCAGACGCGCGGCUCCGGCUCCUGCCUGUCACGCAGAGCAGGGGGCGGCGCCGCACGCGUUUGGAAGAGCCAGGGGGAGUGGCCUUCCCCGGGAGCCCCAGCUCGGGAGGAAGUGACAGCAGCGGCGGCGGCGAGGAGAUCUGGUGGCGCGCGCAACGGCGCGCGAAGAUACCCGUCGUACGCACGCGCCGACCGGCUCGCCCGCGGCCAGCGCAGGCGCAGGAAAUAUCCUUGGAGCGCACGCGCGGGGGGUCGCGGGGGCUGCUGUCUCUAGCCGCCAUGGAGCGGAAAGGUGAGUGCGCUUGGCCCCGCCGCCUCCCCGCCAACCUCACCCCCCCCCGCCGCCCCUCGCCCGCCGCCCUCGGCCCCUCGACUCUUCUAGUCAGGCUUCAGCUUUCUGGGUCUUGGCGGCUCGCUUCCUCUGCGUCCCUGGUUGUUGCCCCAAUUCACACGAGAUCGGGCGUCGGUUUCCUUUUGUCAGGUCCCGCUGUUAUUCGCAGAGUUCUUCUCACGGAUCCUAACUGCCAGUCUUCGGGUAUCCUGGCAAAUGUCCGGCCCUUAGGCUUCCCUUCCUCGGCCUCCACCCCGCUCCCUAGUAUGAGAUAAAAGAGGGUGACAUAAUCGCCUGUCUCCUCCAGUAACGUGUUUGGGGGUUGUUGUUUUUUAAUAUUAUAAAUAUGGGUACAAGGAGUUUAUUAUGAGCACGUGUCUCACGAAUCUGGUUUGUUCUUGGUUUAAUGCUGCUUCUAGGUAAGAGGGGGUUAAUCUUAGAACAAAAUAAAUCCGAUAGGUUUGAUGAUGCGAAUAAUGUGCCCUUUUUUUUCACCCUGAACAAAAGCUUACUGACUCUUGCCCCACCCCUUCUUCUUCCCUCUGUUUCUUCCUAGUUCUAGCAUUGCAAGCCCGGAAGAAGCGGACUAAAGCCAAGAAGGAAAAAGCCCAGAGAAAGUAAGUGUGACCCUAUUGCCUUAAACAGAGUGGAAUGGUGUCCUGGACAGUGACAAUAAUUUCCUGAAAUGAUGUGCAGAAGCCAGCCUGGUAGCCUUGGUUGCAUGGUAAUGAGAAAUCUUCCAGAUUUUCCAAUUCUAAGUGACUCUUUACAUCCUGAGGGUAGCCUCAGUGUUAAAAGCGCGUAAACUCACAUGAGUGAUAUGCCCUCUUCUGCAUCUUGUGCAUAUUUUAAGUGGGCACCAUUAAAUUUGUCUCUGGGUGCCUAUCAGCAUGCUGGUAAUAUUCUCGUCUCCUUUUCCAAGGAUAAUAUUUUAAUCUAAAAUAGUAGAUAAUGGAUCAAAUAUGUUAUUUAUUUAUAUACAUUUUAAACCGUAGUAGGGUGAAAUCCAAGCCCUGGGCGCUGUCCAACAGGGCCACUGCAGCAUCUGCAGCCUUGCAGCACAUACUGGCUGGCAGUCAGGCCUGCUGCUGUCACAUGACAGCUGUAAGGCUUGCUCAGCCCUCUGUCUUGAAUGUCUGCCAUCCCAGAAAGUCCCCCUCCCCACCAGCAGCAAUUCUGCCCACAAGUUUAGCAGGCAAAAUGGGAAACCACACUGGCAGAGUGAUGCCGAUGUCACUCUGCAGGCAGAGGCUGGCAGGGCUGGGGGAAGCAAGAUCUCUGCUUAAUCGAGCCCCCCAGCCUGGUGCAAGCAGAAUUUGAAUUGUGACCUUGAGAUUUACAUUUAUAUUGUAUAGCAAGCCGUUCUGGCUAGCCCUGGAUUUCAAGUGUUAUUUGCAUAGUCAAAGUAAGCUGUUCUGGCCUUGUAGAUCCAAGAAGCUUGAAACAUAUUCAAAAUGGUGCACUAACUUCUGAACAUCUAAGAUUGCCCGUAAAUUCAGCAAACUAAAAUGCAAUAGACAUAUGUUCUCUGUGUAGUUUAAUACUGUAAUAAGAGUAUUUAAUAAUCCUACUCAAACUGAAGGGUGGAACUUACUUUAAACAUUUCAGAUAUCACAUAGAAGAAGGAAGUCUUCUUUUUUCACCCUGUUACUCUAACUCGAAAAGAGAUUUGACCAUACCGUACUCUAUGUAGCUACUGUAGACUGACUUUGGUGGACUAAAUUGAUAGGCCAGUUCUCUGAAAUUUUACUGAGAAGUCCCACUGAAAUCAGUUAAGUGUGGAUAAGAUUGUGUUCUGUGUGUGUUAAGCGGCAAGUGGUUUCAGAUUAAGAAAAUGGAGCCAGAGAAUGUGCAUUAUUUAGUGCGAGUAAUUAUCAGAGUUGAUAGUGCUCUCUGAAAGUUCUUUAAGCCUGGAAUAUUAAGGAAAGUAAUCCCUUGUUUAAGCACUAGCCAAGUACCCAUAUGCAAGCAAGAGUUACAUGUGGGAAAGUGAGAAGAGUAAAAGUUUUUGCAAGCUAGUAACUUGAGGUGGAGGGGAAGGAUUAUUUACAAGACUCAAGUAAGCCCCGUUUAAGUGAGACUUCUGAGUAAAAUUUCAAAGGAUUGUACUGCACAGUCGCUGGAAGCUUACAUGUGUAGAUGCCAUCAUAUGCCAUUAAAUGCUCUAAUAAUUUUUUUAUUUCCUAUUGACUUUGAAAUAGGCCUGAAUUGAACCCCUUUGUCUGCAUUUUCAAAUGGUUAUUAGUUGUUGUUGUUGUUGUCAAUUUGUACCCCACCCAUCUGACUGGGUUGCCCCUGGUUUGUCAUGUCCUGCCCUUCAUUAUUCAUAUUUCUCCAGUUCUCAUGCAGUGCACAAAAAGCUCCCAAAUCUGGCAUCUCUGAUUGGAAAAAAGCAAUAAUGAAGUACUGCUUUGUAGAUGAUCCUAGUUUCAGUUGCUGGAAUCUGCAGUUAAAUUAACUCAGGGAGCAAUAGUGGGAGGAAAUAUUUGCCUCUGAGCAAUUGGAAAACCAGAUAGACCUAGGCUAGGUGCACCAAUAUUCUGACUUGGUGUCAAGUGGCUUCAUUUAUUCACCUACCCUAUGCCUCUACUCAUCCAUUGUUCACGUCACUAAUUUUUGUCCAUGUAGCAUUUCUGUCACUUCUGAACAGUCAAGGCAAUUUUUGUGUCUAAAAUAAUGCUUUCUGAAAUCAUGCUGUGAAUCCAAAGUUUUAGUAGUAGCAGCAUUGUUUUCAGUGCAUGAAGGUUUACUGCAAAGUUGUGGCAAGCUAGUAAUAUUCAGAAAUUGAAUCCCAAAUUUUCCAAGCUCUCUCUUCUAUGUUUUUGAAGCUGUCAUGCACUGUGGAAGCAUUCUAGUAAAAAUUAAAAGAGUUGGCCAACAUUUAACUUAAUUAUACAACCCAAAACCAUUAUUUACAAAUCCAUAUAGUGUCUUAAGUAGAGUGGUUUUUAUAACAUGUUUAGCCAAGGUAGCUUCCCAUUUAAUGCUAGUGCUCUGAGAGUGUUCCGGUUUUUUAAUUGCUUGUAGAAAAGAACAAUAAAAAAAGUUCCCUUCUUGUCAAAAAAUCAAGGACUUGACAUAAAGUUGUUUAUCGCUGUUUCUGCAGCUAACAUGUCGUGAAUCUUCAUAUGUAAGAUGGCUCAGAACUCUGGCAGUUCUGAGAGCCUUAAAAUAGCCAUGGCUAUCCUUUAUCAUAGAGGAAGAGAAGCAGUAGAAUUUUGCUGUAACAAAGUUAGGCUUAGGACACAAUAUAUACUGAACUGCAAAACGCUGUGGGUUUCAACAGAGCCCCAUUUCUCCUCAGCUGCGGUAUGUGUGGAAGAAGUAUAACAGGAUCUGUGCAUGUUUCCCAUGCCUUCCUUUUUCAUUCUUACCCACUCCCAAUUGAUGCCCAUCCAUACACUUGAGUUGGUUGCCAGAAGAAAUGGGUCUUUGAGCCCUAGGUGGAUUUCUCCGCUCAAAGCUGCUGCUUGUGUGAUUUUGCCCCUGAACUUGAUGAAUAGGCUUAUUUGUUAACAGCAAACAUAAAUUUAAAAGAACAGGCUUUAAAUAAUGCCUUCUUUUUUGGAAUAAUUUUGAGCAACAGCUAUGUUACUAUGUAUACAAAGCUAUCAGUGUUUUAUCAAAAUAUAUUUUAAGUUUAAGAAGCAUUUAAAUAUACAAUGUUGACUUGCAUAUAAUUGUGCAAAAGAUCACAAAAAUGUUUCUAACCCACCUGCCUGCACAUACUAAUGUUAGUCAUCUGUCUUCUAAAAGCAGUAGUUUUUAUCAGGCUUCCCUGCAUAGAGGUAAGCCUUGCUCAUAACCAGGCAAAUGGUUACCAACAAGCUGCAGCAGUGCAUGUGGUAUUUGACAGUCAAAUGUCAGAUCUCUGCUAAAAGCCAAUACACUUUAAAGAAAAGAAAGAGAGCAUUCAAGUCAAGGCAGAGGUCAAAUAUGGAGGUGAUAAAUGGCAAUACAUAUAGAGUGCUUUCUGUGAUUAUAACCUGUGAUCACUGCAAAAUAUGUGCUGCUUUCUGGCCAUGGGUUUCCUUCUGAUAACAUUGGUGCUUAUACGUAGAACUACUGUUUUGUUGUGUGUGUACUCUGCGGGCCUCUUCACACACACAAGUAUGCUAUGAAUGUUUGAAAACAUGUCCUCCAUACACUUGUCAGUUGGGACUGGAUGAAGCUUCUUGACAAGUGUACUCUGAGGGGGAGCCUGGGCUUGCUGCUUUUUAAUGUGUUCCAAGGUGGUGGUUUUACAUAACUACCUAUACCUUUUAAAAUAUAUUUAAUACAUUUAUAACCCACAGGCCUAGUCAGUAUGUCAUCAGUUCAGGGCCUACUGGUUGUGAGCAUUAGUUGCCUGCAUUAGCUAGAAAGCAUCAAUGAAGGUUCAUUUCCCUCCCAGAACUUCGGAAAGCAAGCAGUUGUUCUUGCUGCUACCUCUGUGCAUUUUUGUUAGUGUGGAGAUGCAGCAUUUCCCCCUCUUACAAUUAAAAAAAUGAGAGUGACACACCUUUCUUUGCAGGGUCACAAGGUUCCCCAAAUCCCUGUACUUCAGGGCUUUGAGGAAAUGUAGGUCUUUGGGGAGAAGAUCUGCAGAACAGUAGCAGCUGGUAACAAGUCAAGCUCUCACACUUCUCUACACCCCAGAUUUAAUUAUGAUGGAGAGCACUGAGGAAAUGCUAAGGCUGUAGGUAAUAAGGGAGAUAUCCACUUGCCCUCCUGUCUGUAGAGGAAAGAGUGCCUAGAGGUCUGUGAGUAUGUGGCCAUCAGGGACCUCAAUGGAAUUCUACUUUUUUGCAUGUAUAACUGUGAAAACAAUAUAGAUGACAUUUCCUUCUGAGCCAUAGAUAUAGAAUAAACUAAACCAAUGCUGUUUCCCUUUAAGUAAAUGCAGCCAUUCUGUGUGCUGGGUCUAAGUUUUUUGCUAUCCACAACCAUGAAUUAUUUUAACAUUAAUACACAGAUCCAUCUGUAUAUGUCUGCUCUGUGUUCUGUGCCAUGUGUUCUGUUCCUCUGACAUCACUGGCACUACUGAAUGUGUGGGGAAAUAUGUAGGAGUGUGAGGGCAAGACACUACUGCAAUACUGUUUUUCCUUCUUUGUUGUCUUCCUUCCUAUAGGCAGAGAGACAAGGGUGAGAUCCCUUAAACCCCAAAUUCCUACUUGCUGGGAGUUAAAUGCUCAUGAAUUCAAGUCCUUUUUUUCACCUCACCACCACCUUUGAAGAACAUUCUGUCUUCACUCAUAAAUCAGCAUGGUACCUAAUGAAAUGCUUGAAUGUUCAUUGUUUCACCUUGCAAUGAGAAGCUACAUGUUAAUUGGCCUUUUAUUUUUUUAAUCUGUUUCCUCUGAAUUUCUGUCUAGAACAGUUAAUGGUUACAGACGGGUUGGCAGUGCAUCAUCUUAUUUCUUUAUGCUUUAUAGUGGUACCUCAGGUUACAUACGCUUCAGGUUACAUACGCUUCAGGUUACAGACUCCGCUAACCCAGAAAUAGUGCUUCAGGUUAAGAACUUUGCUUCAGGAUGAGAACAGAAAUUGUGCUCCGGCGGUGCGGCAGCAGCAGGAGGCCCCAUUAGCUAAAGUGGUGCUUCAGGUUAAGAACAGUUUCAGGUUAAGAACAGACCUCCAAAACGAAUUAAGUACUUAACCCAAGGUACCACUGUAUUAUUGUUCGAACACAGUUUGGUGGCAUUUAUCCUGAGUGAAUGCCUGAAGGAAGAAAUGAAUGAAUUACUCUGGUAUGUGUUCUCUGGUAUAAGCAGAAUAGAUAAAAUAGAACUACCCUGUGGUUGUUUUCAGUGAUAGAAGUCAUAUAGUUUUAUAGUUCUAAAGCUAGUGAUCAAUUGGCAUGUUUUCUUUAAGAAAAUAGAAAACCUUCAUUUUCAGGUCUGUGGGAGAGGAAGCAAGUGUUUUUGCUUAGUUAUAACUUUUAAGAACAAGAACUUGACUGGCUUUUCUUCAUAGAAUAUGAACCUUACUUCAUUCUCCAUACAUUUAAAUAUGGGGAAUGUAGAUUACAGUAAAGGACUAAGCAUGCAUACUGUAAGACAGUACAGUCAUACCUUGGUUGCCAAACGCCUUGGAACUCCUACGUUUUGGUUCCCGAAUGAUAAAAAAACCAGAAGUGAGUGUUCCAGUCUUCAAACAAUUUUCGGAAGCCGAAUGUCCGGUGCGGCUUCCGAUUGGCUGCAGGACGCUCCUGCAGCCAAUCAGAAGCUGCUCCUUGGUUUUCGAACAGUUCUGGGAGUCAAACGGACUCCCAGAACACAUUCUGUUUGAGAACCAAGGUACAACUGUAUGAUGUAUAUCUUGUGAAGACAUAAUCAGAAGCCUACUUUAUCUAGAUUAUUAAAUGAAACAGUCAGUAUGGCAGUUCUGCUACCAGUUCUGCACCGGUGAACCCCGUACAUUGAAUGGGGCUUAUGCAUGAAUAACUAGAAUCAGAGUUACAGGCAGCCUUAGUUAAGGACUGUUGGUUAUAUGAAUUGCAUAUGCAAUCAAGUCUGGGAUCCAAAAAGCAUGACCAGUAGAUUUUUUGAUUUUGAACAGCAAGCCUCAUGCCACAUAACAAACUGUUUUUGAAAGAUCCUUUUAGUUUCAAAAGGCUUGUUGUGUAACAUUGUCUAGGGGUUGGGAGAGUUGCCAUUUGAGAAUCUCAAGCCCCAGACCCUCUUCACUGAGUGGAACUAGUUAUUUGAUUCUUCAAAAGAAGUUCUAUUGAGUACAUGGGUGUUUAAUCCCGUGUAAAUGCAUAUAGGAUUCCAGUCUUUGGCUGUGUUUGCACCAUCUGAUUUUCAUGGGAGGAACCCAGAGCAACCAAGGAAUUACCUAAGAAUAACCGUUUGGUUUUGGCAUUUAGUUUCAAGCAGAUUCACAAGCUGUAAAAGACUUCAGUCUGUUUUCUCACAGUAAGUAUAGUCGUACCUUGGAAGUUAAACUGAAUCCGUUCCAGAAGUCCGUUCGACGUCCAAAAUGUUCGGAAACCAAAGCGCGGCUUCUGAUUGGCUGCAGGAACCUCCUGCAGCCAAUCGGAAGCCCUGUCAGACGUUCGGCUUCCAAAAAUAGUUCGCAAACCGAAACAGUCACUUCCGGGUUUGCGGCGUUCCGGAGCCAAAACAUUUGAGAACUAAGCUGUUUGAAAACCAAGGUACGACUGUAGUACUCCUUUCUUUGCCGAUCUGUUUGAGAAGAAAAGCUGCAGCAGGCUAACCGAAGCCAGGCAGAUUCACUUGCAAGCAAGAGCUUCUGUUGUUCUCCUGAGUAGAUCUGUUGGUAGAGGAGGCAAUGGCAGUGUACCUUGCAAUACCUGGAAUGUUAAAGCACAAAUUAGUGCUUAUUUCAUGAAUAAGAUGUGCAAGCUAGAACUUGAAUGUGUUUGCAGGCGGAGCCACUAACCACACUUACUCAGACUGUAUUUCAGCUGCAUCUUCAUUUGUCUUGCUUCGUGUAACUUUUUCUCUGCCUUUUCAGCUGUAUACCACUUUUUACAUAGACAGAUGCGUUGCUGUUUGGUUUUCAUAGCUCAUCAGUUCAGUUAAUCACUGAAAUGCCAGCAUGAACUGAAAGGCUAAAUAUGUUGCAGAAGUACCAUACAAUAGCCAAGAAUAAUACUGGCACCUGCCUCUGCAAUUGUCCAGUUUGUUUAUUUCUUAAUAAGAACAUAUGAGAUGAAGAAGCUUGUCUUGUUUAGGUUGGGAUGCCUUUAUGAAAAUUGACUUCCAUCUUUUCCAUAGAAUUGUUUUGGGCAGAGCUAGAAAAAUAAUUGGCACCUACUGGCACAGAGAAGCUAAUACUUUGAGCUCUUGUGCUGAUACAGUAUAAUCAAUACUGUGAUACUCUUUUCUUUCAAAGUUCUUAAGGAAAUUUAUUACUGAACCAGAAACUCAUAGCUUCACUUCAGUUAGGCUACAUAGUUAGUAUAUCUGGAAAGACUUUGGAAGUUGGUCAGCAUCAAAAGAAUAGAAUGAGUUUUUGGCCAUUCCAGAGCAUGGCUAAAUUUUUCAGGAAGCAAAUUAGCUGAGAGCAACUCUCUUCAGUGAUGCUGCAAGGCAUUUACCUGCAAUGCAGUGCUAUGCAUCUGCAGCUAGGUGGUGGAGGCAAAUUCCAUUUCUCUCUUGCUUUUGCACAAAGCUUUGCUGUGUUCAGGAAGAACCAGCCCUCUGCUUGCAAUUUAUGUACCGCUAUUACUUGCACCAGGGUGCCAUUUAAUUUUUGAUGGCUCUUUCGAAAACUGUUGACCCGACUUCAGAGAUACCUUCAUCAAUGGGAGUUCGUGCUUCGUGCAGGUAAGCUUGCCUUUUACAGCAUUUUUUAAAACCCAGAUGGAAAAAAGGGAGUUUGGCUGCCUCAAUGAGGACUUCUCUGAAUUCCGUUUAAGCUCAUAAAUCUUCCUGAGGACACUGAUUCAAUUGUCGUCCUCCCCUAGCAUGUAAUCUUACCAGAUGCUUAGCUUAAGAACAAAUCCAAUGAAGUUAGGUUGUAAAAGCAAGUAGAUGUUCAGAAGCCCAAGGUGCUUGUUGGGGUGGAUGUCUGCCAAAUGUUCUGAUAUGUUAAAAUGGAUUCAUUCAAGGCUUCUGUUAGCAUUUGAUGUGUUUCUAGCAGUGUAGCAGUUCUGACAGCUGUCUGUUUCUUAUUCAUUGAAAUGCAGUCUCUGGAACUCUCACAUCAGCCUUUUGUUCCUGCUUACAAGCUGACUUCUAAAUCGUUUAAAUGAAUCAGAAGAUGCUUUCAGGUUUCUCCUCUUAGUAACAAUUUGCUCAAAUAAAUCAUUGUUUAGAAUCAAAUGAUAUAUUAAAAUAAGGUCUUUGUACCUCCUAUGCAUGUUUUACCAUCCUUGCCCAUGCCCGUUUGGGGUGCAUUUUAGGAUGGAUAAAUUUUAGGAGGGCGGGGCAGGAGCAGUUGUGGGGAUUGUAUUGAGCAUUUUUAAAAGAUUUAAUAGCAAAAGUACACAUACUUUCCAAGAAACAUUAGAGAGAAAAUAUUGCCUUUGAAAGGCAAUCACAUCUCUGCAGUGUUAUGUGGUCUUUUUCACUGCCUGGCAAAUAAUAGUUCACGCUCAUUUUGAAAGUAUAAGGACUUGAAAUAAUUAAUUGCAAAGAUAUUGAGCUCUCUGAGUCUUUGUAACAUCACUCAGUGAUAAGACAUUCAGACUUCCUUUAGCUAAAGGAUCAGGAUAGUUCUCAAAAGCUUUAUGAAGGCUUUCUAGUAACUUCUUUGCUGCAGGAAGAUUGUGCUUGUGGAAGAGAUGUGUGAUUGCAGAAUAUUCAGGGAAUUUCAAACAGCGUUUUUGCCUGGAAAAUUAGCUUUAAGGCUUACCUAAUUCCUUGUCGAUGCAUACCCUAGAACGUUCUGUCAUUAAAAACCGAUCUAGUAAACCUUAACAAUUCAGCGUUCCCAUAGUUAUGACGUAAUUAAUGAAGAGAUUUGCUGUGAUGGGUGUGGCUUCUAGAGGGAUCACAUUGAUUUCAACCUUAUUCAUUUCCUCUCUAGGUUUGAGAUUUAUUGAGUAGCGUUAUGAUUUUUUAAAAUCAUUGUCUGCAGUUGUCUUAACUCUUGUUUAACAUUUGAUUUUGUGUUUAUUCCUGUAUGUGCUCUGCUCGCAUUAGGCUAACUCUGAAUAUUUACAACUUCUAAUUUUUGCCAAAGAAAGGUGUAGGGAGUUUAAAUAAAUCUUCAAGAGAUGAGUGUGUGGAGGGAACAGUCAGUUUAGAAUGUGUGUAAAAUGUUCCAGAAGUGUACAUGAGCACUCUUUGCAAGUAUGCUGAUUUAUUUAUUUUUGUUUGAACAUCCCUACACCGAACCCCACAAUAGCUGUAUUUCACAAUUGUUUUGUGAAACCAGUUACUUUACAAAAGGUUUAUUUGUUAUUUUGCAAAAUAACUGUUUUGUGUUGUAUAUAAUGGUGUUAUAUAGCUGUCAGUAAGAACAGAAUGAAGAGGGAAGCAAUUUUUGGCUAUUCCCCCUACCACCAGCAACCCUGUGCACACACAAAAAUCUUCUCCAGAGGGUUGGGGACCCUCAGAGCAUUGAUUUAUGCCUUAUGAUCAGCUGAGCAACUCAGUACUUAACAAACAAAAUCCAGGGAGUGACUAGAUAUAAGUAUGUUUCUCUUGGUAUUCAAAUAUAAUAUGCCAUGGAUCACUGUAGCUGUCAGUCUAAAGCCUGACAACUACUAGUUGACAGCAUGCAAGUUGUAGUUACAUGUUUCUAGAUAUGCAUGACUAUUUUUCUUUCUGCUGAAAGAUUGGGUUUUUAUUUUCUGCCACUCUAUACAGUAGCUUGAAAUUCUCGUUUUUAGGGAGCCAUAAAGAUGGGUUCAUCCCACUGCAUGGAAGCACACUGAGUCACUUAUAGGGCUGGAAUGCAUUUGGGUACCUGUAAUAGGAUGACUAAACUGAAGCCAUUCUGAGGGGAUGUAUAUAGAAAAUAAUGCAGAAUCCUAAAAUUUCCCUUCAUCCUGAACCCAUCACCAAGCAGUUUCCACUGCAAGUCUUCUGUGAGCCACUGGCAGUUAUUUUUAGCCUAAGGACUAUCCUACACUGUUGAAGCCUUCUGAAUGCCUAUUAUUUUUUAUUAAAAUAUUUUUGAAAGCCAGUAAUGAGGAGACCAUGUGUAUCUCCCUGGGGAGGAAUUCCAAAGGUUGGGACCACCACUGAGAAAGCCCUGUUCCUAGAACCUACCCGCCUUAUGACAGCCCAGAGAGCAGGGUCUUGGACCCUGAUCUUGGGCAGAUUCAUACAGGUAUAGAUGGCCCUUCAGAUAAAUUAGGCUGCUAAAGCUACUAGCCUGCUGAAAUGUUUACUGCUCCAUUGAGACACUGGCAGCCUGCAUUUCCCUGCUGGCUGGAGAGGAACGGAAGCCCCUUCACAACCAGUAUGGAAAUGAAAGUUCUUAAAAAAAAACAAAGAACCCUGCUAUCAAGCAGACGUAAAAUGAACCAUCCCUCCACCAUCCUGCUUGGUUUUCACACUGAUCAGGGAGGGAGGUGCUUUCCUUCCUCCAUGGUUGGCAUGGAAACCAAGUGGACUGGGCAGAGGAGGGAUGGAGAGAUCCAUCCUCUACCAGCUCGCUCCCUUGCCAGUAUGAAAUUCCUGUUUGCUUAUAGCUACAAGGUGAGUAGUUAGUUACAAGCCUAAAUUCUUGCUGCUAUUACUCUCUGCCUGCCUCUCUCGCCUCUUGAUUGGCAUUUUUUGGAGAGGGGCAGUCAUUUGGCCCAGCGCCUCUAGCUUAGGACAUUCUGCUACAGACAAAAUGCAUCACAAAGCACAGCUGUACCUGGUAAAAGUGCAGUUGACUCCCUCCCCAUGACUGAGCAAGGCAAAUACCUGGCAUAAUCGUAGUGGGAGUGAUUGGUGUAGUGUGCAACAUUUGAUCCUCCAUGAAGACAGCUCUAGACAUUGGUGUGACUGGUAUCUUUUGAAACUGUACUAAUUUGAGUGUUGGUACUUGCUGCACAUGUGGAGCUGUCUGCACAAGUUGUAUCUGCUGAGAGGGUUUGUUCCAACCAAAGUGAUCUGAGAUAGAUGUGAUGCAUCUGCAUUUCAGUUCCUUUAAAAAAAUUAGGAACAUUUCUUUUGCCUAUCAUUAUCCAACCUCAAACUGCAUUUUAGUCUUUGCAUAUUCUUUCUUCCUUUGCUCUAAGUACACACAGUAAAAAGCUUACGACUUACAAACUUGCGAUGUCUCCUAGGCCAGAAACCCAACAUCGAGGCCCUGCUGCCCAUUCAGAGAAUGAUCUUCCUGAACAAGAAGAGGAAAUCCUGGGAUCAGAUGAUGAUGAGCAGGAAGAUCCCAAUGAUUACUGCAAAGGUGAGAGGUUUUAUUUUACAAUUUGAGUAUCAUAAUUUUAGACCAAUAAUUAAGGUUGUAAACCUGGUUUGGUACAUUGUAUGUAUCAGCCAGUAAGCGAUUUUGCUUUGUAGAUAGAAAAAGGAACUCAUCUAUGGGGACUUCAUAGACUAAUACUUCUUCUUAUAAGACCAGACAUCUACCAGACUAUGUCCUCCUUGUUUGUUUAGCAAAUCAAAGUUAAUACAUCAAGACAUAUGCUUGCUUAAGGUAUUUCUCAGUAUUUUUAUUCAUUUAACUUUUUACAACUUCUCCAGCUUUCCAUUUAAUAUAUGCUCCAUAUUUACAACUGAAAUUAAAGUUAACAUCAAAACUGCAUAAUAAACAUCAGAAAUAAAAACUUAUCAAUAACAAAAAAUGGAACUUUACAAUUUUAAAAAAUAAAACUAAAAUUUAAAAUUUAAUAAAAAAGCUGACUAAAUCAAAAUGAGUUCAGGUUACAAUCUGGGCAAGUGUUGAAGCAAUCUCACAAAUUGCUCACAGUAUGCAGAUUCCUGAUAGAACAGAAAAAUCGUUGCAAAAACCCUGAUAGAUGAGCAAAGCCUGUGAUGGAAUUUCAUCCAAAGUUACAUGAGAAAUUCAUCAGGAUGUAAAAUUCAUCAGGAAACCAGGAAAUAAACAAAGCCUAAUAGCCCCUAAGCAUGGCGAGUGAAAAGUAAAAACUAUGUAGUUGUCUGGUAGGCCUCUCCAGCAGAGUGAUGAGUGAGAUUCCAAAGCAACAUCAUCCUCAUGGAAGAUGCCUGGGACAGCAGUGGAUUAACCCAAUGCAGUGGUAGAAUUUGGAAUAAGUAGGGGGGGAAUUGUUCUAGUCAGAGGGAGACUGCAUUCCCGAGGGUAGUUACUGUCUGCAAUCCAUAGUUUGCAGGAAGCUCAGUAUAGGACCCCCAGUGUGUGCUAGAGAAUACUGGGUGAAGCAAUUCAAUUUGUACUGGUACCUUUGGAUACCUGCCAACACUUAGAGAAAGCUAUUAGUUGCUCUUCAGGUGCUAAAGAUUACCAUGUAACUCUGUACAUUUUGGGUCCACUUGCUAUAUAUAAAGCACUGACAUAGUGUCAUACAGGAAUUGGCAAAGAACAGUCAUUUCCUCCACUUAAAUACCAUAUGUCUACCUUCACAUCACUGAAUUCUCAAUGUAAAACAUGACUGUAUCUCCCCAAUCCUGGCUCUUCUUACCCAAACUGGUAUACUUAGCAUCCCGCUCAAUGGAAUAAACUGAAUGAAAAACAUGUCAUGUCUCCACUGACUUCAUUUUGUGUGGGUGUACUGUUUGCCCGGCAUAGAAAUUUAGCAGGCUGGCAGCAAAGGCAUGGAUCUCUCUGUCUUUCUAUUGCCAGCCAGCGUGUUCUAUGCUAGACGGGGGGGGGGUGUGUCACCUGCUGUGCCUGUAUUAGAAAACAUGGUAGACUGGUAGCAAAAGGGAAGGAGCAGCCUGAUGCGAACCCUCUUGCUUUUAAUGCUGAACACGGAGGGGGCUUACCCAUUAUCAGCUAGCUUGGAAUGGCAGUGGGCUGUCAGAAGAGGGAUGGAGUGUUCAGACUUCUGCCUCCUGUCAGUCUGCAUGGUUUCUUUGCUUGACAGAAGGAGGCAGUUUCCCCACCUCCCUGUCCAGCAUAGAAAGGAUGCUGGAGAAGGGAAUGGGUGCUCAGCCCUCCACCUCCAGACCCUCCUCCAAGCCCAGCCUAGAAAUGCAGCAAGCUACCAGAGAAGGGUUGAAGCCCUUGAUCAGCCCAGGCACUCGCCUGGAUGAAAUUCCUUGUUGCCCAUGGCGACCAGGCAAGUGUUUAAAAACAAGCCUGUUUUGAUAGUUCUUGCAUUAUAGUCCUUGCACUAUCUAAUCCAAUAUAGUGAUCCAGAAAUAUAUUUUAAAAAUUAAUAACAAACUCCCCAUGCUGAACAAACUAGGCUUCAAGGAAAUACGUUCACCAAGCCAUUUCUUAAAAGGUAGGAUGUUGCCUGUUUCCCCUUUGUGUAUACCUGAGAGUAAGCAUCUUUUAAUUUAAUGGGAUCUUUUUGUAGCAAUGUAUGAGAUGGCAUUGUUAGCUUUCCUCCUUGUUAAAAAGCAGGUUCACACAAUUGCAAACAACGCUUGAUGCUGUUGUGAAGUAUGUGUGUAGGUGUAGCAAGUACAGCUCGGGGGCCUAAAUGGAGGUGCUGCCCUCAUGAAUCACAGUGAUGUACUGUAGUUGCCUGGCGUGAAUGUCAGAAAAUGAAUUGUUUUUGUGUGAAGUAGCUCCUGUUUGAGGUGGGCUGAUUUGGGUUGGCUGAUGAUGCCAUUUAGGUGGUUAGGAUGAUGUGUGAACCUCUUCAGAUAUGCAACUUCCCACAUGGUUGGACCCUUUGCAGUUCACCAUAGUGGUGGCAACCAUAGCACAAAGGUAAUGUGAGAAGGGGGCAAGAAUGCAUUGGCAGAAUGGUGUACAGGAGCUCUUUAAUAGGAGCUCACAUAGGUCAUAAUUUUUCUUAAUUCAGCAUCGCCAGGGUCCAGGGAUAAGUCUCAAAGUCAGUAAUUCAACGACAUAGACCUUCAUACAUCAAUUGGCAACCAAUCCCACCAUGCCCGUCUUCUCUCUAGAUUGUUUUUGAUAAAUAUUGAGUAAGCUCUUUGAACAAAGGCAGGGCUUGAAUGUAUGCACCUCCAUUGGCUUCUAUUAAUAAACUAGUGGUCAAUUAUGUAUCUGGAGGCAAUUUUAACAUGAACAAGGGCAGGAAAACUGAAAUUUAAUUCAGACAAAAUGGAGAUACUGUGGGUGGGAAGUUGGUCUUCUCCAGAAAGAAGGUUCAAUUGGCUCUGGAUGUGGGGUUGCACUUUGCCUGCAAGUCCAAGGACGCAACCUGGGAAUCCUCCUGAAUUCAGAGGGUGACAUCCAAUUGAGAAAAUACUUUUUUUUUUUUAAGAUGGCUAACAAAUGUGUUAAACAAAACAUACGCAUCUGUAGUAGCACAUAGAAUUUACAUGUUCUCAGUAUGACCGUAAUACCGAGUAGAUUACCCAUCAAAUCAUUCUCUUAUCUCAUGGCUAAGGCCCCUCAUCAUGGAAACCUUAGAGACAUGCUAGGCUCUCAUUCUUUUAAGGAUAUUGCUAUGCUUUAGCUGAGCCCUUCUGUUCUGUUAUGAGCCCAGCAUCUUUUGAAGAGAUUUGAAGAGUAGCCACCAGGUCUUCUUAAUAUUGUGACUAGACCUUACAAAUCAACAUCCCCUUUCAGCUGCAGUUGCAGCCAAGUGGUGUGUCAUCAUGUGCUUCAGCAAAUAAAGAAAAUCCCAGGGUAGCAUUCCUGUUCUUAUGGAGGGAAGGAAAAGCAUUAUUAAAGCCAAAUGUUCUUGCUACUGCUAGGAGAGAGCAGUUAGCAAUGCAUUCUAUCUCUCCCAAUCCCAGAACUCAUAGCUAAUGUGACAUUUGAAGUUUCUUAAACAGUAGUGUUUUUAAAAGAUACUUUUUCUUAUUGUGGAGUAUAUUUAGUGAGAAAAUCGAGAGAUUUGAGAGUUCCCAGUGGGAUUGUACCACCUGCACAUAGCCAUGCUGGUCUGCUUAUCCUUCCCACGUAGAGGAAUAGCACACUCUACAGCUAUUUUCUCUGCAGAAGCUGAGAAGGGAAAACACACCAUCUAUUCUAUAUUGUGCCUGAUAUUAUUCUUUGGUAAGCUGUCAGAAUUUAUUUGCAUGAUAUCUAAAAUGAAGAAAUUGCAUGGUUCUACCAACAAUUGUGUGUUCUCAAUGUUCUUUUUUUCAUUUGUUUUUAAGAGAGAUUAAAAGUGGCAGGUGCAUAGAUUGACCUGUGAGUUUCUCAAUAUCACUGAGGGUUCUUAACCCAAUAACUCUUUUUACAUUUCCUAGGAGGCUACCAUCUUGUUAAAAUAGGGGAUCUGUUCAAUGGAAGAUACCAUGUGAUCCGGAAGCUGGGAUGGGGACACUUUUCUACGGUGUGGUUAUCAUGGGACAUCCAGUAAGUCUUUUUUCUUUUUGGAAGGAAUUUCUGCUAGUUGCAUGGAAUAUUGUUACAGACCAGCAACAUGAGAUUUUUCCUCAGAAUGUUCCUCCUUGUUUUCAAAUCCAGAGGUUUCAUCUCAUGCUUUAAAACAACAACAACAACAGGGGACACAGAAAGGGCUGAACUCCUCAAUGCCUUCUUUGCCUCAGUCUUCUCCGAUAAAGAAAACAAUGCCCGACCUGAAGAAUUUGGAGCAAAUGAUUCAGCAGAGGAAACACAGCCCAGAAUAACUAAGGAGAUAGUACAAGAAUACUUGGCUAGUUUAGAUGUAUUCAAGUCUCCAGGGCCAGAUGAACUGCAUCCAAGAGUAUUAAAAGAACUGGCAGAUGGGAUCUCAGAACCACUGGCAGUCAUCUUUGAGAAUUCCUGGAGAACAGGCGAAGUCCUGGCAGACUGGAGGAGGGCAAAUGUUGUCCCUAUUUUCAAAAAGGGGAAAAGAGAGGACCCAAAUAAUUACCGCCCAGUCAGUCUGACAUCAAUACCAGGGAAGAUUCUGGAGCAGAUCAUUAAGCAAACAGUCUGUGAGCACCUAGAAAGGAAUGCUGUGAUCACCAAUAGUCAGCAUGGAUUUCUGAAGAACAAGUCAUGUCAGACUAACCUGAUCUCGUUUUUUGACAGAAUUACAAGCCUGGUAGAUGAAGGGAACACAGUGGAUGUAGCCUACCUUGAUUUCAGCAAGGCAUUUGACAAGGUGCCCCAUGAUAUUCUUGUAAAGAAGCUGGUAAAAUGCGGUCUUGACUAUGCUACCACUCAGUGGAUUUGUAACUGGCUGACUGACCGAACCCAAAGGGUGCUCAUCAAUGGUUCCUCUUCAUCCUGGAGAAGAGUGACUAGUGGGGUGCCACAGGGUUCUGUCUUGGGCCCGGUCUUAUUCAACAUCUUUAUCAACGACUUGGAUGAUGGACUCAAGGGCAUCCUGAUCAAAUUUGCAGAUGACACCAAACUGGGAGGGGUGGCUAACACCCCAGAGGACAGGAUCACACUUCAAAACGACCUUGACAGAUUAGAGAACUGGGCCAAAACAAACAAGAUGAAUUUUAACAGGGAGAAAUGUAAAGUAUUGCACUUGGGCAAAAAAAAAUGAGAGGCACAAAUACAAGAUGGGUGACACCUGGCUUGAGAGCAGUACAUGUGAAAAGGAUCUAGGAGUCUUGGUUGACCACAAACAUGACAUGAGCCAACAGUGUGAUGCGGCAGCUAAAAAAGCCAAUGUAAUUCUGGGCUGCAUCAAUAGGAGUAUAGCAUCUAGAUCAAGGGAAGUAAUAGUGCCACUGUAUUCUGCUCUGGUCAGACCUCACCUGGAGUACUGUGUCCAGUUCUGGGCACCACAGUUCAAGAAGGACACUGACAAACUGGAACGUGUCCAGAGGAGGGCAACCAAAAUGGUCGAAGGCCUGGAAACGAUGCCUUAUGAGGAACGGCUAAGGGAGCUGGGCAUGUUUAGCCUGGAGAAGAAGAGGUUAAGGGGUGAUAUGAUAGCCAUGUUCAAAUAUAUAAAAGGAUGUCACAUAGAGGAGGGAGAAAGGUUGUUUUCUGCUGCUCCAGAGAAGCGUACAUGGAGCAAUGGAUCCAAACGACAAGAAAGAAGAAUCCACCUAAACAUUAGGAAGAACUUCCUGACAGUAAGAGCUGUUCAACAGUGGAAUUUGCUGCCAAGGAGUGUGGUGGAAUCUCCUUCUUUGGAGGUCUUUAAGCAGAGGCUUGACAACCAUAUGUCAGAAGUGCUCUGAUGGUGUUUCCUGCUUGGCAGGGGGUUGGACUCGAUGGUCCUUGUGGUCUCUUCCAACUCUAUGAUUCUAUGAUUCUAAGAUUCUAACAACAACAACAACAACAACAUGGUAACAUGUACAAACUGAAAACUGAUUCAUAUUCCCCCUUACAUAUUAUUUCUUCAAGUUUACUUUUUAUUGAACUUGAGGGAAAUUAUGCAUUCAGGAGUGACAGAGAACCUGCGUUUGUAUUUUGUAGGAAAUGAUCCUGAGCAUUCAGGUCUUUUUCUGUUAGUGUUAUCUGAUUCCUGAAGGCAGUUUAGUACUAAACUUUGUGUCCACUUAGGGGGAAGAGGUUUGUGGCAAUGAAAGUUGUAAAGAGUGCUGAACACUACACAGAAACAGCAUUGGAUGAAAUCAAACUGCUGAAAUCUGUGAGUAUCCACAAGUAGAUGGUUUUGAUUCAAUUUCAAAUUAUAUCCUUUAAAAAUAUCAGCAAAUGGCUCCCAGCCAUAAUAUAAUAUCUUGCUCCAUACUAGAUACAAAGGGGAAUGCUGUACACAGGAUUAGAUUAGGCAUUUGUUAUUAUUUUUCUUUAAUUUGUAAAGGUCAAUUUUUAUCUCUGUUUCCAGAGCAUUUUAAAAGAUGACAGAAGAUUAUUUAUUAAAUUGGUUAGUCGUUUUAUCUUGCCCAAGGCAGCCCAAAGCAACUUACAACCAACCAACCAAACAGAAAAAGAAAAAAAAAUCCACAAGAGAUAUAUUAAAACCAAGGGGGGCGGAAUACAUUUAAAACAUCCCACACACUUCUAAAAGGCCACAGAUAAUUAAAGGUCAAAUUCUUGGUUAGAGAUGAAAAUUUCUGCCUGGUGCUUAAAGAUAUGGCUAUUGUAAUUAUUGCAAGUGGGUAAUUCAUCUCAAGUUUGAUUUGCUAUUUGUGUCAUUAGUUGUAGGUAUCAUGUCAUCCCAUUACCUUAGCUGGUAAUCUUCCUUUCAUGUAUCCAGCAGUACAUUUUCAGUCAUUUUUAUGGAGGGAGGGAAAGGUAAAUGCAGGCUCAUGAGAAGUAACAGCAUUAGUACAGCUACUUAGACAGUGUUGUUUAGGAACUGAUUAAAGAAGGGUUUUUCCGCCCCGGCUGGGGCAUAAGGCAAGGUUAGUACGGACAUAGUUGCUCAAGAAUAGUCAGAAAUGCUAACAUAAAUUGAUUGUUUGAUUUGCUAAAUAAGAAUGUGGGGUGAGAAUCUGGAGAGUGUCUUGGAAACCUAUGGGAUUUGAUAAAGAUUAAAUGAUAAACAUUAAAUGAUUUUUUAUGGUGUUUGAUUUCUCCCCCACCCUACAGGUCCGCAACACUGACCCAGACGACCCAAACCGAGAGAGAGUAGUUCAGUUAUUAGAUGACUUCAAAAUCUCAGGAGUAAAUGGUUCCCGUAUCCUUUUAAUAAAACCAAACUUUUCUGCGAUCUUUAAUCCAGCAAAAUAUGGGAUUUAAUAAAAUACAGUGCUGGGUUAAAACAUAAAUGGUUGUCUUACACAGUGAUGAAAUUUCACAACGUGUAGCCAUUUGGCACAAGUAUGUUUUCAGUUUCCUUCAGCCAUAUGAAGAAAACAACCUACAAAAAGGUUUCCUUUCUGAGUGGCAAGAGCCAUUUUGAAUGUUGGAAGUUGAGAAGACAAUUUGAAAAAAGUGAGAGUAUUGUUUGGGUUUUCCCACUGAUGUGGCUUUAGCUUCAUCUGUACCACCUUACAAUAUUUCUGUAUCCCUGUGUGUGUGGAAUUUACCAGUGAAAAUUCAUAGGACUAUUAAUAAUUAGAAUACUUUAUGGUGCAAUAACAGUACAUUGGUACCUUGGGUUAAGAACUUAAUUCGUUCCGGAGGUCGGUUCUUAACCGGAAGCUGUUCUUAACCUGAAGCACCACUUUAGCUAAUGGGGCCUCCCGCUGCCGCCAUGCAAUUUCUGUUCUCAUCCUGAAGCAAAGUUCUUAACCCGAGGUACUAUUUCUGGGUUAGCAGAGUCUGUAACCUGAAGCAUCUGUAACCCGAGGUACCACUGUAAUGGGGUGGAUGUUGCGGCCUUGCUCAUCUGGCUUCCCAAUGUCAUAUAUUGCUGCUGGUUACCAAGAGUGGGGCAGGGAGUGCAGUGGAUGUGCAGUGGGGGGGGGGGAGCAUUGGGCUGACUCAACCACUGCACCCACACCAAGCGCCCCAUUGCCUUACCUCUCCCUCUUGGUAACUGGCAGCAGUGCACAGCAUGGGGAAGGAAUGCCACACCAUUGGCGGGGGUUGUGUAAAAUUGCCACAAAGUGUAGUAGCUAUUCUAGAAAACUACAUGCAGAUAGUCAGGGGAAAAUGGGUAUAUAUGCAAUAACUAAGCAUGAAAUUUCUUUUUCCAUGUUGCUAUGUAUUCAGCAAUAGCUGACUUUGUAAAUGUUCCGGGAAAUUCAGCCUUGACUCAGCCACAGAUAUUUGCAUGGUGUUUGAAGUUUUAGGGCACCAUCUUCUGAAAUGGAUCAUCAAAUCAAAUUAUCAGGGUCUUCCACUACUCUGUGUAAAAAGAAUCAUCCACCAGGCAUGUUAUAUAUACUACAUUUGGGACUACUUUUGUGAAAAGUUGUUUUCUGUCAAGCGUUUGGUGCUCCGAAGUGCAGCUGGAGACUCUCUGUGAUGUCAGUUGCUGCACUUUGGGCUGGUGGAACAGAUCAAAAUUAUAACAAUGACUUCUCAUUGGUGGAUAUCCUGUGCAUCACAUGCUCUAGGAUCCCAAGAUCAGGUCCUUCACACAGUAUUUAAGGAUAACAAGAAACUGCUGUGAAUCAGUAGGCCAGUUCAAGAGUUUUCUCAUGCUUUCUGUCUAAUAGCAGAAUCAGAUUCUAUCUAAUAGCAGAAUCAGUGAUCCUGUUCUGAUUGAUUUGGCAGCAAAACAGGGUAGGUUGUUGCAUAUUACAGGAAACCACAAGGCACUCUUCUAAAAAGGCAGCACAGUUCCCAAAAGUGGAAGCAAAGGACUGUGUAUGUGUGCUUUACUGCUCCAGGAGCAUUUUUGUUUGCUCCACUUGGGGUCAUAUAAAAUGUGUUUUGUGUGUAUGUGUGUUGAGGGGGAGGGAAUCAUUUGGGUGGGUUAACUUAGGGAGGGAGAAACAAAGGGAAGAUGUGGGCACUCUUGCUACUGAGGCAGGUGGGUGCCAUCCCCCAACUGCCUUACACACACAGGAACAAAAGGCUGGAUGGUGAUGAUGGAUCAUUUGUUUGCUCACUUCUCUCUGCCCCACACUUUGGCUGUGGGAAGAGGUGAAGAGGAGAUGGAGUGACAGCACCUAACUAGGGUAAUAGGUGGGUUGUUGCUCGGUUGCCCUGUCCACUUGCCCUGGUUCCUAAUGGGUGCAACUAAAGGAGGUGGAACCAAAGAGGCACACUGACCUGCUGCUUCUUCAUUCUGUGAGUACGGAACAGCCCCUUGAGUCAGGUGAUAUGCAAAAGGAGUUGGCAAAGUGCUGUGAAAUGGACAUCCCAAUAUGUCACAGUGGUGCCUCCACUCAAGGGCCUGACCUGAUCAUAGGCAUCCUUAUUUGAAAACAAGCCCUAAUGGGACUUAUUCCCAUGUAAGAUUGACUGGGUGUGUUGUUCAGGCUGCAAAAUGUAUCUUCCCUUCAUAUUAUCACACACUUGUACAUUAACAUAUAAUACUGGAGGCAUCAUCCCGUUGAAUAACACACACACAAACACACACACACACACACACACAAACACACACACACACACACACACACACACACACACACACCAGGUGUUGUGCAACGCUUUGUUGCAAGUUCCAUUUGUAAUUGAUGCUUCAAGAACAGAAAUGAAAGCUGGGAAGGAUGGGGAAGCCUAGAAGAAUAGUGCUAAAAUGAAUGGGAAUUACGCCUUCAGCAACAGUAGGUUGAAGAUCAAGUAAAACGCUCAUUUUGCUAUAGUUUCCAUAGUAACCUGGCUUUUUCACUGCUUGCUUCAUAAUAAAAUCAAGCUUUUGGUCACAUUGUGCACCACAACUACCAGAUCCUGGCUCUUCGGUGUACUUUGGAAGUUACACAAUGACAUUUUGUCACCCGUAUGUGACUUUCCUUUGUCGUUUGUUCUCUGCAGGUUUUGCAGGGACUGGACUAUUUGCACGCCAAGUGUCGGAUUAUCCACACUGAUAUUAAACCAGAGAACAUUCUGCUGUGUGUUAAUGACCAGUAUAUCCGCAGGCUGGCUGCAGAAGCAACAGAGUGGCAGAGAUCUGGAGCCCCCCCUCCUUCUGGCUCUGCAGGUGCUUUUUGUGUUUUAGCUUAAAGUCAGUUCAUUCUGAAGUGGUUUGUUAGGAUAUGACAAAUAUUAGCUGUCUAGAUCACCCUGAACAUGAUUAGUACGGAACACCAUUUCUGUUUGUCUAUAAAAUAGAUAUUCAUUGCAGUACUAGCUGUAUGGUUCUGUAAAGAGCUCAUGAAAAGUGUGUAAAUUGCCACGCUGGAGAAUUAUUUAAAAUGCUGUUUCUGAUCUCAUGUAAUUAAACUGAUGAUAGGCCAACCAACUUCUGUUGCGUUGUGUAUAAAAGAGUUUAUAGAAAUUCAAUUUAGAAGACCUCUGCAGUGAGGUGCAUCUUGGAUAUGCCUUGCUCAGUCUUUUGUAUUCUCCAGAGAGUUUAAAAAUUCUCUCCAUCAUACAUUCCGUAUAUAUUAUGUAUAAGUAGACUCUCCAUUAAGUGGCUUUACUAUUACAGGUGUUCAAUCUUUUAAGACAAAUCUGAUACAGAAAUUGAAUCCUCCCUGGUGCUGCCAAAGAGCUGUGCAACAGUAUCUCAGGAUUACUUUUGAAGAGCAUUGACUAAUGGUAAAAGCGGGGAGGGUGUUCCCAAUUUGGUCUCCACCAAAUCUGUGGUGUUUUAUUGAGACUACAUGAACUCCAUCCUUUUCAGUCACCAGCCAAGGUGGUACACCGUACCUGAAGCUUUCAUAAGAGUAUGGUUACAGAGCAGUAGCCAUGACAACUGUUAAAUGUCUUGCUGUAUCUGUAUUCUUCAAGACCAGUCAGUUUUCAAAACAGAGGUCCAGGGGUCACAACCCUGUCCUUCUCCAGUGGUCAGGCUCUUUCUUGUCUAUUAAACAUUUUUACCCCUUGAUUAAACAUAGGUCUGCCAGGGGCCAAUGAAAAUUAUUUUUGUGGACUGUCAGCUGACUACCUGUGAUUUACUAUUUCAAGUACAGUCGUACCUUGGAAGUCGAACGGAAUCCAUUCCGGAAGUCUGUUCGACUUCCGAAAACCAAAGUGUAGCUUCUGAUUGGCUGCAGGAAGCCAAUGUCUUUCAGACAUUCGGCUUCCAAAAGAAUGUUAGAAAAGCAGAACAGUCACUUCCAGGUUUUGAUCGUUCAGGAGCCAAAAUGUUUGAGAACUAGGCUGACUUCCAAGGUACGACUGUGGUUAAUUGGAAAUUGAUGGAACUUGAAGUGGACUUAAUGCACUCUUGACUUACCUAUGUGUCAUCUCAGUUCACUUUUUAAAGUACUGUGUACGUGCUGCUGUGUUGCCUCACUUGCAUGUAAUUAUUCCCCUCACUUUGAAAACGGUUGAGUGGCCUGACAAUUGAUAACAUAAUUGUUGUUAUGUAUAAUAAUCUGACAUCGAGUUCUCUCUGCUUCCAUAAGAAGGUAACAAUUUAGUGUUUGGAACAGCUUCUCACUGUUGCAGGAGUGAUUUAAGUAGAUGCCUGUCUUCCAAUGCUGCUCAGUGUUGGAAUUCAAUCUGUUGAUGACUUGAUGAGAACAUUUUCCUAUUUUUCUAUACUGCAGUCAUGUUGCAGAAGUAGUUUUCUGUUAACUAUAGAAUAGUUUGAGUAGCAUGCCACUUUAAUAGCACGAUUGCAGGCUUAUUAAUUGUAUUUCUUUUUUACUUCACAGUGAGUACUGCACCACAGCCCAAACCAGUAAGUGUAAUAACUUGUGCAUGUUAUAAAUGAGUUAAACUUUGCAUUCAGAUGUACACUGUCUUUUUACAGAGCAGUUCCAGUGCUGUGGGAAGGCUCCUACCAAAUAGCACAGUUGUGUCUGGACAUAUUUAGAUUUCUAUUUCCCACCAUCCCAGGGGCUCAUAUUUUAGCAUGCUGCCAUAUACACUCCAUUUCUUUCAGUUCUCUUAAUGGUUACCCUUUCUUUGCCUUAGUUGUACUGUUAAUAGUUUUUUAAUAUUUUUCUAGCUACUACAAUUGCGGAAUUUCUGAUGACCAAAUCUAUGAUUUUUCUGUUCGUAUCAUAUAUUUAUUCGUAUGAACACGUACUUGGAGGUAGUCUGAACUGCUCACUUGAAUGAAAUAAAUAUGAUGUGAACUGGUCUGUAGUGCGCAAAGGUUCCUUGUUUAAUAUCUGAAAUAUCUAGAACAGGCAUAGGCAAACUCGGCCCUCCAGAUGCUUUGAGACUACAAUUCCCAUCAUGCCUGACCACUGGUCCUGUUAGCUAGGGAUGAUGGGAGUUGUAGUCUGAAAACAUCUGGAGGGCCGAAUUUGCCUUUGCCUGAUCUAGAAUGUGGCCAGAUAUUAUCAAUGAGGACUAUCAAUUUACACAAGGAAGAAUAAUUAUGGAGAAUUUUUCUGCUAAGUAAAUGGUAUUGACAUCCAAGAGCGCUCACCUCAGAGAGGCUUUGUUUGACAUCUUCUAAUUUGCACUUAGACUGCAAUCCUAUAUCCACUUACAUGGGAGUGACAUUGAACUCAGUAGGAAUUCUGAGUAAGCUUAGGAGUGCAUCAUUAACAAGCACAUACUAGAAUUAUGAGAAUAGGAUUGAAAUACUGGAUUUAUGGUGGCAAUCCUUUUACUUGCAAACCUGGAAAUAAGCCAAAUUGAACUCGUAUAAACAUGUAUAGGAUUGCAGUGUAAAUGUUCAUGAUAUCUGGAUGUUCUGUAUGAUCAGAGGGAUGGUGUUAUUUCCUUCUGUUUUCCCUUAUUUAACUACUUUUUCUAUAUAAAAAGUCUGCCAGAUUAUUUGCAGUAGGCAAUAGAUGCCUGAGGGGUGGUGUAUUUGCAAUUACCCUACAGGCUGACAAAAUGUCAAAAAAUAAGAAAAAGAAAUUGAAAAAGAAACAGAAACGACAAGCGGAGCUGCUGGAGAAGCGAAUUCAGGAAAUUGAGGAGAUGGAGAAGGAAGCCGUCCCACUGCGAGCAGAGCCUGAGGAGCAGCAGGAGGAGCAGCAAGAAAUUCCACAGCCACUUGAGCUGCUCUUAAAAGAGACCCCUCCAGAUGAAGAGCUGCCAGAAAAGACAGGUAUGGAUUUCUAGAAAAUAUGUGCUUUGGGUGUACUUGGUAAUAACGCAUCCUUUGAAAGGGAGGAGGUUUUAAAAUAAUCAUUAAUAGACAUUAAACAUAACACAAGUGAUGAUAAAAACUCUACAGGAAAAGAAAAUAUUAACAGAUCAUUAUUGUUACCAUAGGAAUUAGCAUUUUCCCAGAAUAUGUAAUGGACAUCUUAAGCCACUGUUUAUAAGUGAUUAGAACAGCUGCAGUAUUGGAUACUGUUUGCACUUCAUAGCUAAUCACUAGUCAUUUAAAACCCGUUUAGUUAUAACUCCAUUAUAACUCCAGUUUUUCUCUUUUAUCUAGAUGACAUUUCCCUUGUAUCAGAGCAAGCUGUCUUAAUGGAAGGAGUUGAAAAAUGCAUAACAGAGAUCAACUGUAAUGGAGUGAUGCAAAUGGCUACCUUCUCAGAGUCCAUCAACCAAGUGUCAGUGAGACUGGAGGAAGACCUUCACAAUGCCAAUGAUUGCAGCAGGCCCUCGCAGGAGGAGGAGGAAGAGGAGAGCUGUACUUACAACCAAAGUAAUGGUGGCCCAGAGGCCAGCAUACAGGAAGCGUUAUCAGACUCCUGCGAGCCCUUAAUUUUGGAGGUUGCAGAUUCAAUGAUAUGCCAAGCAACUUCAAGCGACGGACAGUAUUUUAGUGAACAGCAGAUCAGCCAUUUGCAAGAGAGCAUCAGGGCAGAAAUCCCUUCGGAGGAUGAGAAUGAGAAUAAUGAGUCAUCUGAGAACAGCCAAGGUACAGGACAUGGGUUCUGUAUAAGCAAUAAAUUGUGCAAUUUUGAUGCAAACCGUGUUAUGGAAUAUGCCACAAUCAUGUUGAUAUAUUAUCAACAUUUCCUAAGCUUCCAAAGCAUUUCUCACACAUGAUCAUGAUAAUCUUACAGCAGCAUUCCUUGUAAGGCACGCUAGUAUUGUUUUUUCCCCAUAUGAAAGGAGAAGCAGGGAGAAGCCAGAUAAUGACUUGUUUAAAGUCAUCCAGCAAAGUCUGAGGUGAGAUUAGACAAGGCAUGAGUUGGCUUUAGUUUAUUCUCUGUCCUUUAUUGUGCUUCAUUGUGAAGUGAAAACUUCUCUAUUAGAGCUGGCCCUGGUUCUAAGAAAAUAAGAACUGUCAAGGUUCUUCCUUUCUCCAUAACACACGGCUUGAAGAUUCUAAAAGUUAAAUAGUUAAAGUCAACCACAAUUUGCCAGGUUUGGCAGAACUGACAAGCUGUGAUUGAUCACAAACAGAAGCAAGAGCUUCUGGUCUUCCACUUAUAGUAGCACUGCAGGAGAAGGGGGGAGCACAUGAGCUCAAGGCUUCUGUAUUUCCUGUCGCAUUAAGCCACGGUUUAUAGUGACAUCCAAACCAACUCAUGGAUGUGAAAUUAAUACUUGACUCCAGACAAGGAGUGACUAGUACUCUAAUAAACAAUGAUGCUUUUAGAAUUUGUGUGGCAGAUGGUGGGCCUGUCCAUGUGGAGUUAACUGGCUGUUGUUUGUGCUGUGCCUAGGAAAAUCAGCUGCUGGAAAUUUCCUCCUUAAUCCUCUUGAGCCUGGGAAUGCAGAUAAGCUCAAAGUGAAGAUAGCUGACCUAGGAAAUGCUUGCUGGGUGGUAAGUUUUAAAGCUCUUUCCACACUGUUACAGAAACUGCUGUCUCUUUGCAGUUAGCUCAGGUGAAUGUAGCAAACAUACCUCUGAUAUUUCCCCCCCAUUAAUACUGUUUAUUAAAAAUUGGUGUCUUACACACAGACACCCAUACAGACCCCCCCCCCCCACAUUCCCACCAAAUAAGCAGGAAACCAAACAGUAGUGGUACUGUUAGUAGUGGUAUUGAAAAAUACGCUGACUACAAUGAGAAGUUAGAUCUAGCUUCUUACAGGCAGCACAUCUUCAAUGUAACAUUGAGAGUUCAUGUGACACGGUUGGAUCAGUUCAUUGCAGCAAGUUAGUUGGUGACCAGGGGGUCAAUGUAUGCAAGCAGUAUUCUAAACUAAUCUGUCCACUUCAUUCAAGCCUGUACAUAGCCUGAUCAUGUAAGUUGGCUUUUCUAAUAGUGGAAGGUUCCAAACUUGGUUCCACCGUUCCUCCAAAGUGAAGGGGGAGCUCUGGUUCCAAUGCUGAGCAACCUUCAGCUUCACAGCCAGCAAAAGAAAUAAACUCCCGAUACAGAAAUUCACACAUCUCCUCUGGAAAGAUAGAGAGCAAGGCCCGCUGUGGCAAGGAAGGUACAAUUUGUGAUACGUUAGCAGAGAUUUCCUGUGAUACCUGAGACCAAAAGGUCUGUAUCACUGUGUAUGAGCACCACUUGUGGUAGUAUAUGUCGCACGAUCAACAGGCAUCCAGCGUUCCAUAGGGAGUGGUCCAGUAAUCCUCUGUUUGGUAGCAGUACAGAUUCAUCUCAAAACAUGUUUGAGACUGGACUCAAGGAUAGAUAGAGUCAGGGUUUUUUUGGCACAUUGAUUUCCAAGGUGCAUCUUCAAAUUGAGUACCCAAGUUUGUCUCAGCCCCAUAUUAGAGCCACAAAAGUGACCGCAAGCCUUUGUUGAUGCUGUAUAACAUCCUAAUUAGCACUGGGGUAGGCAGAAGGGAAGAUGAGGGUGAGGGAGGGCAGACCAAGUAAAGGAAUGAGCACCAGAUAAUGGAGAGCUAUAUUACAUCUUGCAGAUCUGUCCUCUAACAGCAACACUAGGGGCUCUGUUGACACCAGCUAGUGCCUAUACACGCCUUUGAAUUCACUGGGGUUCAUUUCUCAGAUGUAUUCAUUCCCUAGUACAUGUCUACUUGGUCUCUGGAAUCUCCUUUGAUCUCUCAUUUUAAACCCACAGCAUAAACAUUUCACUGAGGACAUUCAGACACGGCAAUACCGAUCCUUGGAAGUACUGAUUGGAGCCGGUUAUAGCACCCCAGCUGAUAUUUGGAGUACAGCCUGCAUGGUAAGUUCAAUCACAUUGUCUUAAAUCUUUGAAGUGGUGUCAGUUGCAGAAUUCUGCAGGAAUUAAAUUACUGUUAAAUUGCAAUAAGCUGAUAGUACAUUUGAAUCUGUUUUAAAGUUUUGUCUGCUGUUUUCUUGGUUUUGUUGUGUGUGUGUUUUGCAUUUGUUAUAUCUGUACUGCCCUGAAAUGAAAUGAAGCGUGCUAUUAGAAAUUAAAUGAAGCUUUCAUUUAAUAGAAGCAAGCUUUUUACUAAAAAAAAAAAAUAUUACUACAUUGCCAAUGUUCGGUAAGGCUGCUUGUUUCAGACUUCAUGAACAAAGUAAUUUACAGGUCUACAGCCUAACCAGUUAUAUGUCUGUGUUCAGUAUCAGCAGUUUGGUGAGCAAGGCACUCUGGGAUGUGGACCUUGUUUUGAAUCAAAAUUGCUUGACUAAAAGAACCCUGAAGUAGUCAUGAUACUUGUCAGAUGGCAAGGGUGGCUGCUCAUGAGUAAUCAGGCAGGACUCCGACCUGUCUUUUACAGGUUUUAUUUGGGUGCAAACUAUUUACAGUGCAGAACCCCAAAGUUCAUGUCUGCCUCAAUCACUAGCAGAAUCCGGGAGUGCCUGUUUCCUGGACCUCCUCCAGCAUAAAAGCCUCGUUACGCCCAGCCUUUUCCUUCCCUCUUUGCGCUUUAGACUUCUGCGCAGGGUGGGCGACAGAGGGGGCAGCUCUGAGGCUGAGGCUCCCACCAGAGUCCUCUGGUCCUUUCACCUCUUCCCCACUGGAGGUGGGGUUUUCCUCAUCACGAGAAGAGGAACUGCUUCGCAAGAUUUUCGGAGGCUCCCUGUAACACAACUGCCCUUCUGUUUCCCACCCCUGUUCUGAUGGCAGGUCCCUGACAUACUCUUUCAGCACCAUAAUUUAGAGUAGAUUCCUUUUCUCUACACACUAACGUGUGAUUAGCAUUGUGGCUUUUAUACCAAAUGACUGUAUUCCCCCCAAAGACCCUGAAAGUUGUCUGACAUUUUCUUGUUUAGGCCUUCGAACUGGCUACGGGUGACUAUCUGUUUGAGCCUCACUCUGGAGAAGAUUACUCAAGGGAUGAAGGUGAGUACCUACUACUUCUAGUACUUUAAAUUAUUUCUGCACAUAGUUCCUACGCAAGGGGGUUUGGAAGUUCUAGCUCUACAAAGCAAGACCUCAAAAAGAGAUCUAGCCUCUUUAUUCUGUUGAGAGCUUUUAAUACUGGUCUGCUGGAGUCUACUGGUACUUUAUGCAGCUCAUUUUCUAUAUCAGAUUUAAAAACAGAUUGUUUUAAGUUCCAGCGUGUUACUGUUAGUCAUUUAUUAAAUAAUCAAUGGUUCGUUUUUAACAGCAUUAAGUUCCUUGAAAUAUUUUUAAUAGAAAGGUAACACAUAAAAAGGACUAUUCCCAAUGUAGAGAUUUAUGUCUACCAGAAUAGACUGACCCAGAGCAAUAGAAAACGGGGGGGGGGGGGGGGGGGGAGAGCAGGACAAAAACUCAAAUCCAGCGGGGAAGAAGGUAGAAAGAGCACACUAACUGGAUGAAAGCCAUUGUGUGUUAAUACUAUUGCAUAUUAUUUCUUUCAUGCCCUCUCCUGGGGAAUACAGACCAUAUUGCAUUAAUCAUAGAACUUCUGGGGAAAAUACCUCGCAAGCUCAUUGUGGCUGGAAAAUACUCCAAGGAGUUCUUCACCAAAAAAGGUAAGGCGAAAAUAAUCUGAGGUUGAAUGGCUGAGGGUUCCAGACCUGGGGUAGUUGGAAUAUCUAGUUUUUAUUAUUUUGCUUGUUUGUUUUCUUUUAUAAUAACAAAGUGCCCAUUUACUUUGCUGAUGUAUAUGAGCAGUGGCAGAGAGGGUUACUCAUUUGCUUAUAAUUAUUUCUACUUUUCAUUCAUUGGAAACAAAGUCAGACUUCUUUAACCAUUGGGGCCCCUUGGGCCGCUGGUCAGGAAGCUUCAGCCCACAGGCUGUAUUAGGCCCACUGAGGUCCCAUUUUGGCCCACAAUGCCAUUUGUCCUGCCCAAGUCCUGCCCACCUGACAUUGUAUGACAGCAGGUGUAGAGCAGGAUUGGGAUUUAGGCUUUUUGGAAAGUGAGGAAGACAGAGAACAUGGAAUACCAGACUUCUCAAAAAAAUUUCCCAGAGUCCAGACACUUCCUUAAAGUGUAGUCCAUAUUUGGCACAACACUGCCUACCUAUCACUACUUCAUACAGUCCAUAAUUUACAACUUGCCUUGCGCUGGGUGUUAAAUUUGAAAGAGAAAAAAUACUCCUUUUUCUGUUGAGCAAUAUCAUUUAGAAGGGAGCAUUAGAAUCCUGAUACCUGUUCUGUUUGCCUUCCUGUUCAUGUUAAUGUGAGCCUUGUUAAUCUUCCUGUCAUUGUUCUCAGGUGAUCUGAAGCACAUCACCAAACUGAAGCCAUGGGGCCUUUUUGAAGUUUUGGUGGAGAAAUAUGAGUGGUCCCAAGACGAGGCAGCUGCAUUCACAGACUUCUUAUUACCUAUGCUGGAACUGAAUCCUGAGAAGAGAGCUACAGCAGCACAGUGUCUCAGGCACCCCUGGCUCAACUCCUAGAUGUAUUGGCCCUAUAACCGGGUUUACAGCAUAAUAUAUACACACCUAGAUGUCCCAGCUGCCCCUUCCCUCUCCUCCCAGGUCAAUUUUUUCCUUGUUGAUUUUCAGAGUGAAGCUUCUCCUUGAGGGCUUUUGAGAUUUUAGAUAAAUCUAACCGUUCAUGUGAGUUUGUGUACUCGACUCAGUAGGGACUAUUGUCAGCCAGUGGGCGUCCAAUAUGUUUUGCCGUGAUUGGAGUUUGCCAAAGAGUUUUUACAGGAAUGUGAAAUGACCCCUGACUCUCUUCCUUACUCAAGUACCUAACCCUGAAGGUGUGGGGAAAUCUCCAUUGGGACACACUCCCUUAACUAUAUUGCCGUCAUCCCAAGGGGGAUGUGAAGAGCUGUGAAUCCCUCCUUAGCUCACUGACUCUGGGAGUCAUUUUCUUAGUGCACAUCCAGUUGCUGACAGUAAGAGGAGAAAUGGCAGAUGGCACCAAGGUGGUAGCUCCAUGUGGAGCACUGAACUCGACUCGACUCAUUCCUAAGGUGUCUGCUCUGCUGCUUGGGUAACUUUCUUUUUUGCUUGUUAUUCUUUUUCUCUAGUUUUAGCCAUUUAAUCCUUUGAAACGACCUCUUAUGAACUGUACCUCUCUUUUUUUUAGCACCAUUUUUUGACCCCUCCAUGUUCACUUGAGUUUCUGAGUCCCAUGAAAUAAGCUGCUCUCCAAAGCCGUAGCAUGUGAACUCCAGUAAGUUUCACAUGGAAAAUAAAGGCAGCCGGCAUUGGUAGAGGUCACUGUCUCUUUACAAGUAUGGCUCUGUGCAUUUGUUGGCUGCAGAGGGGCAGCCAGGUUGCCCAGGUUCAGUGCCAGACUUGCCCAACAUGCAGCCCCAGGCAAUACGGGGCUUGCCAACAGUGUACAGUGGCCCAAAAGGCAUUUGACGAUGGCAUGGUUUCUGCUACAAAAGCCAGGAGGUGAUCCAGCCUGUGGCAGACCACUUUUUCCAUAGGUCUCCCUUAUGCCCCUAGGGGCCUUGUUGGCCUUGUGUGAAAUUGUCUUUUUAGGAGAGAGCAGUUACGUUUUCAGUCUGGAAAAACAGGAUAUGUUCUUCCUUUUCAACAAUAAGGAAAGAUAAUAUUGGGGGCUGUCUUUCCAGCUGUGUCCAGACUAUCAAUCACCCUAUUUCCAAAGGUUAAUGAAUGUAAUGAUAUAUAUACCCUGUUAACUGUCCAAGGGGCUGGACUCUAGAAAUCCCCUUUCGAAUAGAAUUUCUUCCUAUGUAUUAACAGCAGAACAAAUAAUCUAGGGGAACAGAGUAGUUUGAAUCUUCCCCACCCACCCCUAGAGAUGAAGUGUCAAAUUCUGUUCUCCAGAAUCAUUACAGCCAUUGUUGCUCAGCAGAGAAUAUACAACGCCAGCUUGUAAAACUCCUAGGAAAAGGGGUUAGUUGUGACUGACUCUUGUAGGCUUUUUAUUUUAUUAGAAAGAUAUGUAACUCUUGCUAGUUUUACAAUGAGUAUCUCCUAGGUUUUCCCAGGUUUGUUUGUGGUUUUUUUUAAAUCCCCAGCAUCUUGCUCAAAUGUAAGGUUUGGAGACUUCCCAUGGACCAAAUAGGCCUUUGAGAUUGCAAAAUUCUCCCAGGCUGGAAACUGCUGGAGGACUCAGAAUUGAAGGCACUCUGAGGGACAAUUCAAUGCAAAAGCUACCAGCAGGAAAACACUCUUCUCGGUUGUUUUCUCUUGGCAGAAAUCCCAGCUUAUAGUCAUCUUAAACCCUCGUUAUCCUUUGCAAAAAAAAAUCUGGUGCAGUUUUAUUUUACUUUAUCUUAAAUGGAAGUUUAACCAUCAUACCUCCUUCACUUUCGAAUUUGGCUGCACUGUCAUAUUAUACCUGACUGAGGCUUUUGCAAAAUCUGUGCUGCAUGUCCAUUUAGGAGAUCUUAAGCAAUGUUCUCUUUGUACAAUCUUAAGAUGAAAAGGAAAAGGUUCCAAUAGUUUUAAAUGAUACUCCGGUUAUCUAAAGUAUCUUCUUCACCUCCAAGAAGCACUUCUUUGCUUGACUGUAAGGAUCGAAAUAGAAUGUAUAAAUACAUACUUUCUUUUUGAAUACUGUGAAAACUUGCUGGCAGGGAGAAUUGAAUUUCCGGUGUCAAUGCAACCUAGUUUGCAUCAACAUCUUGCCUACCUGAAUGGAACAAAAUGCUCCUAGGUGUGGAGGCUGCAUCUCUUGGGUUUUGAUAUAGGUUCCCCUCCACCGAAGAAGGCUGCUGCCACCUCUUUUGCACUAAGAGAGAAGUUCUAGGAUAAUACAAGAGGUAGCUUGUCAGGAUCGCCUACAUAUUUGGGGGCUCACAUUGGAUUCACUCAACUUCCAAAUUGCCAUAAAGUGCUCACUAACAGAUUUGUACUUGUUUUGUCGUUCUAAAACCUGAAGGAAAAAAAUACAUUUUUAUUCUUUCUAUUGGGUGCAUUGUCUUUUUUUCUUUGUAAAUGCAGCAGCACAAUAAACAGGUUAUUAAAUAAUCCACAAGU